AUUUUGGAAAUCUUGAAGUAGCAUUCAGAAGAAAAAUUUGCAACUUGCAUUGUAUUUAUUCAUGUACUUAGACUUGUCAACAUUCUAUUGGUCAAUAACCUCUCAAAUCCAAGCUGAUAGUUCUUGCAAUCUUGAGUAAUAUCCCAAUAGCCAUGGAAACUGCACUAGCAGCUUCAAUCACUAACUUAAAUUCAUCACCUUCUGUCAUCAAAAGGCAUCAUCUUUAUCCCUGUUACACCUCUAUCAACUCACAAAAAUCCCCUAAAUAUAAUUGUAGAUACAAAAACUCUGUAUCUUUUCUCACCAGCUGCUCCACAAAACCAGAUACUAACAAAGAUAAUGUAACUGAUCCGAGUUCAAUUGAUGAUCCCAAUUUGAGUUCCAGUAUACAAAAAUUACCAGUACCAACUUCAACCCAAGCUCUUUCCUCUGUGAAUUCAUUGUUUUCGAGAGGUUUAGUGUUUGAUUUAGGCCAAAAGAAUGCUUGGGAUAGUGCUGAAGUAGGGUCUCCUGUAGUGAGAAGGUUUUUAAGUGAUGAGGAAGAAAGAUGGUAUAUGUGGUAUCAUGGGAAUUCGGGUAAGAAUCCAGGUUCGGAUCAUAUUGGGUUGGCUGUUUCGAGUAAUGGGAUUCACUGGGAGAGAGGUGAAGGAGCUGUGCAAUCAAGUGUUGAUGUGGGUUUGGUGAUGAAUUGCAGUAAAGAUUGGUGGGCAUUCGAUACUCGGGGUAUUAGGCCAGGUGAGGUGGUAGUUAUGUCUAGCUCAAAAAUUAGAGCGAAUAGUGCUGUUUACUGGCUUUACUAUACUGGAUUUAGUUCCGAAGAGGCUGAGGUAUCGGAUGCUUUACUGAAAUUUAAAUUAGAAAAUCCAGAGAGAUUGCUCACUUGUUUUGGCGAGAAUAAUGAAAAUGGUGGAAUUGGCAAGAUUUACAAGUCAUUGCCUGGUUUGGCUAUGAGUCAAGAUGGCAGGCAUUGGGCUAGAAUUGAAGGGGAACAUCACAGUGGGGCUUUGUUUGAUGUAGGCCCAGAUGGGGAUUGGGAUUCUUUGUUCAUUGCUUCACCACAAGUGGUGUUUCACAAGAGUGGUGACCUGAGGAUGUAUUAUCAUUCAUUUGAUCUGAAGACGGGGCAUUUUGCUGUAGGGAUGGCAAGAUCACGAGACGGGAUGAGGUGGGUGAAGUUAGGGAGGAUAAUAGGAGGAGGAGGAAGUGGCUGUUUUAAUGAACUUGGUGCGGUGAAUGCACAGGUUGUGAAGAAUAAGAAAGAUGGAACAUAUGUGAUGGCUUAUGAAGGCGUUGCUGCAGAUGGGAAGAGGAGUAUCGGACUGGCAGUUUCUACGGAUGGUUUAAAGGAUUGGAAGAUUCAAGAUAGUCCAGUGCUGAAGUGCAGCGAAGAAGAUGGAUGGGAUGAUAAAGGAGUUGGAUCACCGUGUCUCGUUGAAAUGGAUGGCGAAAAAGAUGAAUGGAAGUUGUACUACAGAGGAAUCGGCAAAGCAGGGCAAAUAGGAAUCGGAAUGGCAGUGUCUUCAGGAAGUGACAUUACAAGUUUUAGACGAUGCCAAGGCUUUCAUUUGUAAGAUGAUGUUUCAAGUAAUUUUUCAAAUGACAUGAGGAUUGAUGAUGAACAUUGUUUGUUUGUACUACAAUAUGAAUCUUAACGAAAAUUAUGAAUAUCAGAAACGUUAUAUUUCCAA